UUCCUCUGGUGUGAGUCGUGGUUUCAGCACCGAUACUCCUCCUCAGAUCUGCCGGAGAUUCUCGAUUCGUAGAUUAGCUUUGUGCUUCUAAGACGCAGAUCUAGUGCUGGGAAAAUGCCAAUGCGUCUUUCUGGUACCGCACCCUAACUCUCGAAAUCAUCGCAGUGUUGGUUUUAACUGCAGAUCACUCUCGAUUGAGCUCUAUAAAGUAGUAUAUGUAGGCAAGAGAGAGACAUGUUUUUUGGUAGGAUCACUCAACUAUUCACUGCUGCUUCUGUUACAUCGCUGGAUGUAGGAACAUCAGCGCCAGAUUCCAUCAGUUUUGGUAGUAGUGGACGAAAGAAUGGUUUGAGACACUCAGCGUCUCUCCAAGACUUCUCUUCCUAUCACGGCUUUGAUCCUGAUGAAGAAGCCAUUCUCGCUCCGCAAAAUAUAACAUGGGGACCAAAUGGGUCUAGUUUCUCCAAGGACAAGGGAGGUGUUCCCAAUGGGACCAAUCCAUCUAGGAGCGGGCGUAAAUGGAUCCGUGCGGUUAUGAUCCUUAUGUGUUUGGUUCUGUUUGCUCUUCUGGUGUAUAUAGUCUCCAUGUAUGGUUAUACAAACUGGUCUCGGGGAGCGUCGAGAUACUAUGUUGUGUUUGACUGCGGAAGCACGGGGACUCGUGCUUAUGUCUACCAGGCAUCUGUAAAUUACAGGAAAGACAGUAGUCUCCCCAUUGUUAUGAAGUCUCUGACGGAAGGUAUUUCUAGAAAGACUAGUGGCCGUGCUUACGAUCGUAUGGAGACAGAACCUGGGUUUGACAAGCUUGUCAACAACAGAUCGGGGUUGAAAACUGCUAUAAAACCGCUUAUCCAGUGGGCAGAGAAGCAAAUCCCCAAGCAUGCUCAUAGAACCACGUCUCUCUUCGUAUUUGCCACAGCGGGUGUCCGGAGGCUCCGUGCUACUGAUUCAAGCUGGCUUCUGGGUAAUGUGUGGUCUAUACUGGCGAAGUCCCCGUUCACUUGUAGGAGGGAGUGGGUUAAGAUCAUCAGUGGUACAGAGGAAGCUUAUUUUGGAUGGACGGCUCUUAAUUACCAAACGAGCAUGUUAGGAGCCGUGCCAAAGAAGGCAACCUUUGGUGCACUUGACUUAGGUGGCUCAUCGUUGCAGGUAACCUUUGAGAACGAGGAGCGAACGCAUAAUGAGACCAACCUGAAUCUCAGGAUUGGGUCUGUUAACCAUCAUCUUAGUGCAUAUUCUCUCGCCGGAUAUGGUCUCAACGAUGCGUUUGAAAGGUCUGUUGUUAAUCUUUUGAAGAGGCAGACAGAUGUCAAUAAAUCGGAUUUGAUUGGAGGAAAACUGGAGAUGAAACAUCCUUGUUUGAAUUCUGGAUACAAGGGACAGUAUAUAUGUUCUCAGUGUGCUCCCAGUGUCCGACGACGUAAAAAGGGGAAGACAGGAGUUCCUAUCAAGCUCGUUGGUGCUCCAAACUGGGGAGAGUGCAGCGCUCUAGCAAAAAAUGCUGUUAAUAGCUCUGAGUGGUCAAACACGGAACAUGGAGCUGAUUGUGACUUGCAGCCUUGUGCCCUUCCUGAUGGUUACCCGCGUCCUCACGGUCAGUUCUACGCUGUAUCCGGAUUCUUCGUGGUCUACCGGUUUUUCAAUUUAAGCGCUGAAGCUUCCCUUGAUGAUGUCUUGGAAAAGGGUAGGGAGUUUUGUGAAAAGGCUUGGCAAGUAGCCAGAACCAGUGUUUCUCCACAGCCUUUCAUUGAACAGUACUGCUUUAGAGCUCCGUACAUAGUCUCCCUGUUACGAGAAGGUUUGUAUAUUACGGAUAAGCAAAUCGUAAUUGGGUCUGGGAGUAUAACUUGGACACUCGGAGUAGCUAUUUUGGAAGCAGGGAAGGCUCUAUCUUCUUCUACAUUGGGACUAAAGAGCUAUGAGACUCUGAGCAUGAAGAUAAACCCAAUAGCCCUUAUAUCUGGUUUGCUCGUCUCAUUGCUUCUGCUUCUCUGUGCACUGUCACGCGUCAGCAACUGUAUGCCAAGAUUCUUUCGAAAGCCAUAUCUCCCACUUUUUAGACACAGUAGCGCUUCCCUUAACAUUCCGUCUCCCUUCAAGUUCCAGCGAUGGAGUCCUAUGAGCCCAGGGGUGAAGACACCGUUGAGUCCAACUGUGAGGAGUUCACCGCAUAGGCCAUUUAGUUUUGGAAGCAGCAUACAGCUCAUGGAGUCUUCUUCAUUGUACUCAUCGAGCAGCAGCGUUAUGCAUAGUUAUUCUUCUGAUAGCUUAGGGGAAAUGCAAGUUGACGGUAGUAGUUCCUUCUGGUCCUCACCUCGCAGGAGUCAAAUGCGUCUCCAAAGCCGGAGAUCACAGUCUCGAGAAGAUCUUAGUUCGUCGCUGGCUGAAUCACACAUGCUCAAGAUGUAGUAGAAGACGUUUAUUGGUAAGGUUUUUUUUUUAAUCACUUCCACACUAUUUAUUUUUUCCUCUUUUCCGGUUUUAUAGAAUCUAAAAAGAAAAAGAAAGGAAAUCUUCAUGAGAGAGAGAGCAAAAUGUUUAUCUGUUUCAGUUGACAUGUAAUUCAUUGAUAUACUUAUGUGAUUUACUAAUUUAACACC